UCAGAUAAGCGUAGAUUAAUAUAUAUAUAUAUUGCUUAAAUCGUCCAUAGAUUUCCAAAUUCUGAUUUGGCAUUCAAAAUCUUCGCCUACGUAAAGUGAAAAUUUUCCGAUUUUUAGUAUGUACAUGUACGUUGAGGCGCUUGUGGGCGCCAUAGCUGUUAAAACGGGUGGAGGGGGUGUCCGGCGAGCUUUUUCCACCCCUACGCCUAGCCACCUAUUAUGCUGCUGCUGCUAACGGUACUCGAACACGAAUAAACUGUCGAAAUAAUAAAGAAAUGUGCACGCUUAUCAGUAAUUUGUCAACCAAUACGCAAAUGAAGUGUACAAAAUGUCAAAAACUCAAAGAAAACCACAAUCAAAAAGUAAAAAACAUCAAUUCAAGUGAAUUCUAAGUGACGGUAACAGUUCAGUAACAGUUGAGUAACAGCCGCAGCCAACAUUACGCGCUACGAGCUUUUUUUCUCUCUCUCUCUCUCUCUCUAUCUAUCUGUCGCUCUUUGCAACUGGAAAAAGUUCAAUGAAAGUUCGAAGCGCGGAUAAAAUUCCAAUGCGUUUCGGCCUCCUAUAGUAAUAGUACACACCAAUACAAGGACAAACACAAAGCAGAAAUAGAAACAGAAACAGAAACAGGAAAGCUGACUCUCAAGGACUGGAAUACAACGUGUAUACGCGAAGCGCAGCGCAGAGCAAGACGACAUUUACGUUUUACGCGCGCAACUCUGUGUGUGCGUGUGUGUAAGUGCGCUAGUGUGUUAGUGUGUUAGUGUGUUAGUGUGUGUGUGAAUGAGCGCGCGCCAAGUGCAACAUAUCAAAGUUUAAGUUAUAUACAUACACACGUCUACAUCAUCCUCACACAGACUAUGCACUUGAGACAAUGACAGACCACAGCAUUGAUUACGCCCACAAAAUGGACGCCGCUGAGGAGGUACUGUCGCAACUCGAGAAUAAUAAUAAUAGUACUAAUAAUAGUAGCACUCGUUUGCUGCCUGCGCCCAUCAAGGCCUGCUCCUCCACCUCCGAUUUGCUGUUUAAUAAGGCGCGAAGACGUCGGAGAGAACUGGAUGAACGGCACUCGCAGCUCAGUCCACGUCCACAGUCAGGUGCUCAGCCUCGUCCUUGCCAACGACCGCUUGUAAUGGUCGAAUAUCGUCGCUCAUAUCGAGUACUGAUCGUAACGGCGCUACUGGUUAGUCUGGUGACUAGCUUCAUAACGAUUAGCGCUGGCUUUCAGCUGGACGGCUCGCAGAGUUCGUUCUACACCUUUCGCAAAUGGUACACUGGUCUGAAUGGCACCUUGGAGCUGGAGUUCAAGACGGAGCAGCCAAAUGGUCUCGUCCUUUACACAGAUGAUGGUGGCACCUAUGACUUCUUUGAGCUGAAACUUGUUGAGGGUGCACUGCGUCUGCGCUACAAUCUGGGCGGAGGGGCACAGAUCAUUACAGUGGGACGUGAGCUGCAUGAUGGACACUGGCACAAGGUUCAAGUGCUGCGAAAUGAUGAUCAGACCUCGCUAAUCGUCGACGGCGUCUCUCAGCAACGCUCUACCAAGGGCAAGGAGUUCCAGUUUGGCAAAUUCGCAAGCAACUCGGAUGUAUAUGUGGGUGGCAUGCCGAAUUGGUAUAGCAGCAAGCUCGCCUUGCUAGCUCUGCCCAGCGUCAUCUUCGAGCCACGUUUUCGCGGCGCCAUUCGCAAUCUCGUCUAUGCGGAUCAGCCAGGUGGCACCACCCGAAGGCAGGAGAUGAAACAGCCGCGUGACAUCAAGUGCGGCGAUGCGCCCUGUGACCAUGGAGAGAUGCCUACCCGGGAGAGAGGGUUGAGGGGCGUUCGAGGGAAUACGACGGAUGCGUGCGAGCGCAACGAUCCCUGCCAGCACGGUGGGAUAUGUAUAUCAACUGAUUCGGGCCCGAUAUGCGAGUGUCGCAAUCUGGAAUACGAUGGCCAGUAUUGUGAGAAGGAGAAGGCGCCAUCGGAGGCAACGUUCCGCGGUACACAGUUCCUCUCGUACGACUUGGGCCAGACAGGCGCUGAGCCCAUAGUCAGUGCCCAGGAUGCAAUUUCGUUUUACUUUCGCACCCGUCAACCGAAUGGACUACUCUUCUAUACGGGCCAUGGCACUGACUAUUUGAAUCUGGCGCUGCGCGAUGGUGGCGUGUCGCUGACUAUGGGCCUGGCCAAUGGCAAGCAGGAGAUGCACAUAAAGCCAGCCAAGGUGCGUUUCGAUGAUCAUCAGUGGCACAAGGUGACAGUCCAUCGGCGCAUUCAGGAAAUCUCGUCCAUAACCAGCUUCUGUCGACUCGUCACUGUUGUGGAUGACGUGUAUACGGACCACUCGCAUAUUGCCGGCAAGUUCACCAUGCUCUCCUCCUCGCGUGUUUAUGUCGGCGGCGCCGUCAAUCCUCGAGCUUUGCUUGGCGCUCGUGUGCACAACAACUUUGUGGGUUGUCUGCGCAAGGUGGAGUUCUCGGCGGACACAUUGAACCUGAAUCUGAUCGAUCUGGCCAAGUCCGGCUCCAAGUUGAUUCAAGUGGCGGGCAAUGUGGAGUAUCAGUGCCCCAGUGGCGAUCCACAGGAUCCGGUUACUUUCACCACGCGUGAAUCCCAUUUGGUCUUGCCACCAUGGGAGACGGGCAAGCAGAGCGCCAUUAGCUUCAAAUUUCGCACCAAGGAGCCCAAUGGCAUCAUCAUUCUGGCCACCGGCUCCAAGCAGCCACGUGCUAAAAACCCCGUAUUGAUUGCCAUCGAACUGCUCAAUGGCCACAUCUAUAUACAUCUGGAUCUGGGCUCGGGCGCCUCCAAGGUACGCGCCUCGAGGCGUCGCGUCGACGAUGGCGAUUGGCAUGAUCUUAUCUUGCGCCGCAAUGGUCGUGAUGCCAAGGUGAGUGUGGAUGGUGUGUGGAAUGAUUUCCGUACACCUGGCGAUGGCACCAUACUCGAGCUGGACGGGCAUAUGUACGUGGGUGGCGUUGGUCCGGCUUACAACAGUGUUGCCUGGCCAGCGGCCAUUUGGACGGCAACGUUGCGACAGGGAUUUGUUGGCUGCUUGCGUGACCUGGUGCUCAGCGGCAAGGCGAUCGAUAUAGCAGCCUUUGCACGCGUCCAAGAUUCAGCCUCGGUGAAGCCCUCGUGCCAUGUGCAGGGCAAUGUGUGCGGCGGCAAUCCCUGCCUGAAUGGCGGCACCUGUUUGGAGGGCUGGAAUCGACCCAUUUGCGACUGCUCAGCCACGCUCUACGGCGGACCCACCUGCGGCAGGGAGCUGGCCACGUUGGCUUUCAAUGGCAGCCAACAUAUGACCAUUUGGCUGGCCAAUGGCCAGGGCACCAAGACCCAAACGGAGGAGCUGGUCAUACGCUUUAAGACAUCUCGUCCGGCCGGCCUGCUACUCCUAACGAGUGCCGAGUCCAAUUCACCGGAUCGUCUAGAGAUCGCACUCGUAGCAGGUCGCAUACGCGCCAGCGUGAGGCUCAGCGAUCGAGAGAAGAACUUGCUCGCUGGCCAAUCGGUGCUCAAUGACAACAAUUGGCACACGAUUCGAUUCUCGCGCAGAGCCUCGAAUCUGCGAUUACAAGUUGACGGGGCUCCCCCCGUCAGGGGUAUGUUAUCUGAGACCAUAUUGGGUAGACAUAGCACCAUGGAGAUACGCUCAAUACAUCUGGGUGGGCUGUUCCAUGCCGAGGAGGAGAUACAGAUGACCUCGACCAUGCCCAACUUUGUUGGCCAAAUGCAGGGCUUCAUAUUCAAUGGACAGCGCUAUCUGGAUAUAGUGAAGUCCCUGGGACCCGAGUUAUCAGCUUUGCCCAGUGCCACCUUCAAGUUGACAGCUCGAUUUGUUAACUCGCCGGCUGGACAGCCCUAUCAUGCGGCCACGUUUAGAUCGAAACACUCCUACGUGGGUCUGGCCAUGCUGAAGGCCUACACCAGCAUUUCGAUAGACUUCCGCUUCAAGACCGUCGAGCCGAAUGGCCUGCUGAUCUUCAAUGGAGGGCGACGCAAUGAUUUUGUGGCCGUGGAGCUGGUCAAUGGGCAUAUACACUACAACUUCGAUCUGGGCGACGGGCCAAUCACGAUGCGCGAUAAGUCGCGGAUUCAUAUGAAUGAUAAUCGAUGGCACCAGGUUAGCAUACGACGGCCUGGUCCCAAGACCCACACCUUGACCGUGGACGAUUCGUUUGAGAUUAUCACAUUGACUGGAAAUAAUAUGCAUCUCGAGCUGGCGGGCAUUUUGUAUAUUGGUGGCGUAUUCAAGGACAUGUACUCCAAGUUACCAGGAUCUAUAUCUUCGCGCUCCGGCUUUGAGGGCUGCUUGGCGUCGUUGGAUCUGGGUGAUGCUUCGCCCUCGCUAACAAGCGAUGCUGUUGUGCCCAGCUCCCUGGUGGUCAGCGGCUGUGAGGGACCCACCAAGUGCAGCCAGAAUGCGUGUGCGAAUCGUGGACUCUGUGUCCAACAAUGGAAUACCUAUGCCUGCGAAUGUGACAUGACUUCCUACACGGGACCCACCUGCUAUGAUGAGUCCAUUGCCUAUGAGUUCGGCAGCAACAAGGGCAUGGUGCAGUACAACUAUCCGGAGAGCGCUCAGUCCGACACCGAAGAGGAUAACAUUGCGUUGGGCUUCAUAACGACCAAGCCAGAUGCUGUGCUGCUGCGUGUGGAGAGUGCCACGACGCAGGACUAUAUGGAACUGGAGAUAGUUGAGGGCAACAUCUUUAUGGUCUACAACAUUGGCAGCGUGGACUUGCCGCUGGGCGAGAUCGGCACCAAGGUGAAUGACAAUGCCUACCAUGUGGUGCGCUUCUCACGCAAGGGCGGCAAUGCAACCCUCCAGCUGGACGACUACAACGUGCAGACGCUGACGCCGCAGGCCCAUCACUCCACGGUCUUCAAUACCAUGUCGAACAUACAAGUUGGCGGCAAAUUUAGUCGCAAUGGUCGCACGAGGAUCGAGCGUCCUUUUGCUGGUGUCAUUGCCGGUUUGUCGGUGAAUAAGCUGCGCAUAUUGGACUUGGCUGUCGAACGUGAUCCACACAUCACAAUUCGCGGAGAUGUGCAAUUGGUAACUGGAGUAUUAGAUAGAAAUGAUCUGCAGAGAAUGCAGCAGACUUUGAACUCUACUCGACAGACGCCGGCGAGUGGCUAUCCGGGCGCCAUAGAUGAUCUGAUCUUCUCGGGAGCCGGAUCCGGUUGUCGCGGCGAUGAUGAGGAUGAAUGUACGCCGCCCUUCGAGUCGGGCAGCGGAGAUGACUUGAUAACACCCGUCUAUGUGCCGCCCACCAAGCAGACAACAACCACUCAGCAGGGCAACUCGCUAGGCAGCAACAACAACACGAACAACAACAAUGGCACAGAGCGCGCCUGCGAUGACGAGGAUUGCGUGCAUGGAUCCGGGGACUAUGGCGAAACUACGGAACAGUUCACAUCAUCGAGCACGGCCAAAGGUGCAGAGUCCAAUAACGAGCUGGUGACCGCCUCAACCACUGGACGCAGCGAUCUAACCACCGAGCAGCAACACAGCAGCAGCAGCAGCAGCAGCAGCGGCGGUGGCAGCAGCACCACCUAUGUAACCACCAUAUCCAGUGCAGGCAGCGGCAGCGGCAGCAGCACAUCAGGCAGUCAACCAAGCAGCACCGCCACCUUGGGCACCACCACACAGCGCAUUAGCAGCAGCAGCACCACCACCAGCUCGACCACAACAACCACGUCAGCGACAACAACGAGCAGCAGCACCACCAGCACCACACCAUUCCCAGAGCUGCCAGCCACUGAGCGAGAGACGACGCCCGAUAGCUACGCGCCGAUAGGUGGCGCUGGCAGCAAUCGAGAUCACGAGCGUAUGCAGCUGCCUGACGAGCAUCAGCUGCCGCCGAUGCCGCCACCACUGCCACCACAGCCAGACCCACCACCGUACGGACCCUAUGGCGGCAACACCUACACCAGCAACGUGAACAGCGGCAGCUAUCGACCCAAGGGCGGCAAAGGCGGGCGCAUCAACUCGAUCGAGGAGGAGCGCACGGCCAUGAUCAUUGGCAUUGUGGCGGGCAUCCUGAUAGCCGUCAUACUCGUCAUACUGCUCGUGCUCUGGCUCAAGUCCAACGGCGAUCGCGGCUACAAGACGGAGAGCGAAAAGGCCGCCGCCUACGGCUCGCACAAUCCGAACGCUGCGCUGCUGGGAAACAGCAGCACCAACGGCUCCUAUCACCAGCAGCGGCAGCACCACCAGGCAGCAGGCGGGCAGCACCACAGCCAACAGCAGCAGCAGCACCAGCAGCAGCAGCACCAGCAGCAGCAGCACCACAAUCUGAACGGACACAGCAGCAGCGGCGGCGGCGGCGGCGGUGGCGGAGGCGGUGGCAUGAUGUCCAGUGGCAGCGGCUCCCUUGGCUACGGCAGCGACGGACGGCCACAGAUGGCGGGCCUCGUCCAGCCCAAGGCCAAGAAACGUGACUCCAAGGAUGUCAAGGAGUGGUAUGUGUAAGGCCCAAUGCCACGAGCGAGAACCAGCGUCAAAUUAGCAAUAUAAACAGAUACACACACACACACACACACACACACACACACACACACACACACACACACACACACACACACUAAUACACACACACAAAAAGCUUUAAUGCCAAGCUAAAGGUUGAUCUCCUCUCACUCUCCACAUAUGUGUAGCGAGGUGUGUUCAAAGAGUUUGUUUUCAUAUUCGAUUUUCGCAUCACACGCUAAAACGUUGCAAUCCGGCAUCAACGACUGCAUGUAAUACUCGUUCAAAGCCUCAAUGCUUGCCAGAGGGCGUCAGCAGAGCUGCAGCUCGAUAGCCGUAAAAGAUAUGCCACGCCUUGCCAGUGGACUUUGUCCAGCUGAGACCGCAUAUAUGCCUUCUGUAUCAAAUUCAGAUGUGCAACAAAACCUAUAUGCCCCUUAGCGGCACCAACUGAACGAGUAUUUAUGAGACGACCUCGAGGCGUGCGAAGGGCAGGAAAUGAUGGACGGUGAAGCGAAGCCACGCAUUAGAUUGAUUAUGUUUAUGCACACACACACACACACACACACACACACACACACACACUCACACAUAUAUAUACAUAUAUAAAUAAUAAUAUUUUAGCGGCAUAUGCAUAAGUUUUAAAGGGCAAAACUUACUUAAAACAAAAUUAACACAAAAUAUUAAAUUCAGCAAAUGGAAAAUUAUUGCCUAAGAAAUUAUAAAGCUUCAAACUAAAGACUUGCUAAAAGAAAAAUCCAAAAAAAAGAGAAGAAGAAGAGGAGGCGGACGUGGAGGAGGAUGAAUCACACUAUAUAUAUAUAUACUAUAUAGGUAUACAAGCAUUAUAUCAUUUUGUUAUAACUAAUUACGCCACUAGCCAAUCAAAUAACUGUGUAAAAUAUUUCGCUAAAGAGAUCCGAAGUUGGCCCCAUUGAAACAAACGAAAACUGCAAAUGAAAAUUGUUUAGCGAAUAUCAAUGUAAACGUAAUUUAAAUAUUAUAAA